AUGGUUCGUUUGUCUCAAACUGCUGCUGGACGGAAGCGGAGGCGUGGGAACGCGGGUGGACGUGAUAGCGCGUACAGUAGCGACCAAGUGCAGGUCGUCGAGCACGAGAUCCCACUUGCACCUGGUGAGGGCAUCAUUGGCGUAACCACUUCAUCUGGUGCUGACCUUGUUGUCGUUCGAGAGAACGGCUUGAUCGAGUGGCGCUCGCCACGAUAUCGCUACCACGCAGAGAGCGUACUCGCUGCGCACGCUGCAGUUCGGGGCAACCGAACGAUAACGGCUGCUGCUUUCCUCGCAGUUCCUGGAGGACUGCUGCUUGCACUAGGUGACGCUCAGGGGCAAGUUCACUUUUAUGACGCUCUGCAGGCUGUGCUCUUGGAGUCUGUGUGGACAACCCGCGGCACAGCAGUCGCAAGUUUAGCGUUUCGCCCGCUCGGUGAACGGCUCGAAGAAGAGGCGGUCAUCGCCUGUGCGUCCAAGGACGGCAAACUACGCCUAUUUCGGGGCCCUGCAGCCGUCGGAGAUGCAUAUCAUGCCGCACGCGGUGUCAUGCAGGCGGCAUGGUAUCUCGAACGGACGCUGCUGAUCGCACCAAACGUACCGUUGCAAUGUCUCGACUGGUCCCGCAGUGGUGAUGCAGUUGCAGUGGGUACCGCUGACGGUCAGGUUCGGCUGCUGUCACUGCCGUCGGGAAAGAGUGAAACCAUCGCUCUUUUGAAAAGCGCCGGUAAAGCGCUCAGCAUUGAAUCGCUCUCCUGGAAUGGUGCGGAGACGGGCGGUUUCCUCGCCACCGGCGAUGCCUCUGGUCGCGUUCUGUUCUGGUCUCUGGACCCGUGGACACGCGGAAAAGCGUUAGCUGUCUGUGAAUCCUUCGAAAACUGUCAUGGAGCUAUCACACACUUGCGGAUUCUCGGAGCGAAUCUCGUGUUGUUUGGCUCGGCAGAUGGGAGCGUCGGAUUCCUCCAACGACUGGAGGCACGGACGCCCUGGUUCGUGAGCGGGCGCCCUCAGCGGCUGCAUCGACGUGCCGUACGCACCUCGUGUGCAGUUCGACCUGCAUGCAGUGACGCUUUCGGCAUCGCCACUGGUGCCGACGACGCGCUGCUCUGUCUGAUUUCGGACUUGGCUCGACAUUUGGAGUCGCCGGAAAAGGUGACGCGCCACGGAGCACUUCGGGCCCCUGGUCAGCUCCGCGUUUCCUGUUGGCCUAGUUCGGAGGGGAGCUGUUUCGUGGCGGACUCGCCUGUCGAGCGCGUGUUACUCCAAUGCAAGGCGAAUACGCGCUGCGAGUUGUGUGUCGAUCGCUAUCGAUUCACGACUCAGGCUUUGUUGGCAGCGGGAGACAACGGAAGCGCCAGCCUCACACUGGGUCAUCCACAGGGGGCGUUCUGCUUGUUUGUACACACAGGAGGCGCAGCGCUGUACGCGCUACGGAAACAUAGAGCUGAGCGCAUCCCGCUCUCAGAAAAGAAAGCCGGAAUACUCAAGGGAGCGAUGAUGGGGGCUGCGGUGCACCCCGACACGUUUGUGGUGCUCGCGAGCGACAAGAUUCAUUUGCACGUUUUGUUCGUUCAGGAAACCAAUACGACGUCGCAGUGGAAAACUCGAGUACGUUCGCUGCGGCUGCAACAAGCGGACGCUUGUUGUUUAUUGGGUGCUGGUGAGAACGAGCUCGCCGUCGCGUAUCGAAGCGGCGUUGUAGAGCGAUUUACACUGGAGAUCUCGGAGAAUCACCAUCCAGAGUUGAGGACUCAACAGAGGAUGCUGCUAAGCGCACCCGCAUGCGCGCUCUUCCUAGAUUCGCCUCGUGGUGCGCUAUGGACCAUAGAUUCAGAUCACAUUCUGGCGGAAAAUGGUGAAAAAAAAGUGCAACUCCCACAGCCAACCGUUGGAUGCUACUAUCUUCUGCGCGGCGGGCCGGGGAGCUCGCUCCUGGCGGCGACGCGCUCCUGUGUGCUACAGAUUGACGUGCCAUCAUGUGGCGCAUAUCGCAGCCUCUAUACCUGCCGAGACUGCAUCUGGGGGCUGAAUUAUGCCUCUGCAGCGAAUGCGCUUCUGGUUGUACACGGUGCCGAUUCGUAUGCUGCUGAUUUGGCUCUGGACGAAGCGCUCGGGCGGAAACGUUUCGGCAUGGAAAGGCGGUUUCGUGGACGCCACACCUACAUUAUGAAAUCCGCGACAGCUCGUCCACGGCGUGCGCGCUCAUCCAUGAUUCGGUCGUGA